AACUAUUUCUUCACUGGAAACUUGUUAAAUAACCUUAAUAAGUUAAUAUUUGGACGAAACAUGUUAGACAAAAACUAUAGUAGCUUAUUGCAAAUUAAAAGAUGACAACAGAAGAUAAUAUACAAAAGCAUGGAGUUCUAAUUACUCCUUGCCAACAAAUGAUUGCUUCGUGCUCGGGAGCUUUUCUUACAUCAAUUUUUGUUACUCCUCUUGAUGUCGUGAAAAUACGUCUUCAAGCUCAGAGUAAGCCCUUCACUAAAGGAAUGUGCUUUCUUUAUUGCAAUGGACUUAUGGAUCAUAUCUGUACAUGCCUAAAUGGUCAGAAUGCACAGUCUCAAACUUGGUAUAAAAAACCAGGACACUUUACUGGAACUCUGGAUGCAUUUGUGAAGAUAUCAAGAACAGAAGGAAUAUCCUCAUUAUGGAGUGGAUUACCUCCAACGCUUGUAAUGGCAGUACCAGCUACUGUUGUAUAUUUUACAUGUUAUGAGCAACUGAAGGGUGUUCUCUUAUAUAGAGAUGGUAAUGUUAGUGAUUGGUGGAAACCAAUAAUAGCUGGAGUUUUGGCUAGAAUUUGGGCAGUGACUUUAAUAAGUCCCUUAGAACUUGUUCGCACAAAAAUGCAGUCUGAGCAGCUGACCUACAGAGAAAUUAUUACAGCAAUCCAAAAGAUGAUCAGUCAGGGUGGUUUAUUAUCUAUGUGGCGAGGACUUGGUCCUACUUUGUUACGAGAUUUACCAUUUUCAGCCCUAUACUGGUUCAGUUAUGAGCAAAUGAAAUCCCAUGUGUUAAGAACUAGAGGUUCAACUAAAUUAAAACUAAUAGAAAGUUUUAUUGCUGGUGCAUCAGCUGGAACGGUAGCUGCAGUCUUAACACUGCCAUUUGAUGUUGUUAAAACUAAUAGACAAAUAACUAUUGGAACUUUAGAUACAUUAUCAAGUAAGACAAUUAUAACAUAUCAAACAUCAACAUGGGUAAUAUUGCAACAUAUGUAUAGACAGCAAGGUAUACAGUCACUUUUUAGAGGGCUUGUUCCAAGAAUAAUCAAAGUUGCUCCAGCAUGUGCCAUUAUGAUAACAUCUUAUGAAUAUCUGAAAAGCAUGUUUCAAACAAUAAAUGAGCGUAAAAAAGUUUCAGUUUCUUAACAAUGGUAUAUGUUCAUUAAGCUUUAAAGCCAUGUAGGAAUGAAACUAUAAAACCCAAGUGCAUAUCUUAGUAUGUAUGUAUGUAUGUAUGGUAAUAUUGUAAUAUAUUUGUCCCCCGCCUUUCGAAGAGAGCAGGGGACUAUUAAAAUGGGUUCGUCUGUCCGUCCGUCUGUCCGUCUGUCAUAACAACCCAACAUAUCAAGUCUAAUUGGAAUCUGAAAUGGUCAGGUUUAGAAUCCCAGUUCUUUUGGGUUAUAAGGAAAAGAUAAAUAUCAAAUUCCAAAAUUUUCAUGUUGUACAUUUCAAAAACAUUUUGCAGUAAUUAAAACAUUUUCAUGUGGACGUAUAUUGUCGUCGCCCCCGUAUAUUGUCGUCGCCCCCGUCCAAAAUUUUCAUGUUGUACAUUUCAAAAACAUUUUGCAGUAAUUAAAACAUUUUCAUGUGGACGUAUAUUGUCGUCGCCCCCGUCCGUCCACAAUUUGUUUGUGGACACUCUACAGCUCACAAUUUUUAUCCAAUUUUGACGAAACUUGAAAUAUAGGUCUAUCUCCCAAAGAUCUCGGUUCCUGUCGAUAUUGGCAUGUAUCGGACCAUAACUUCAUGGAUUAUGGCCCCUGAUUGUACGCAAAAUCACGUUUUUAGCUUGUGGACACUCAAGAGGUUACAGUUUUGAUGAAACUUGAUAUGCAUUUUUAUAACCCAAAGAUCUCGAUUCUUUUCAAUAUUUGCGCAUAUCGGCCGUAACUUCAUGGAUAAUGGUCCCUGAUUGUACGAAAAAAUAGCAAUAUUAGCUUGUGGACCCUGUAGAGAUCACAAUAUUUAUCCAAUUUUAAAUAUUGUUAACAUUGUUACACCCUGAUGAUGAUUGAGUUCAAAUUUCAUAAAAAUCGGACCAAAUCUGAUGGACAAAAUGGCCGCCCCUCGUACGCAAAUAGUGUAAAAAUAUGGUAUAUCAAGGUUGUGGAACCUCAAUAGUAAGUGCAGGGGGACUGCACCACACAAAAUUUACACAAAAACAAAUACAUGGACAGGACAUCAUACUCAGGAAAACACAAACAUACAGACAAUUCAAAAAAAGUGAAUGGAUCCGGGGGCUAGCCGUAAGCGUCCACUGCGCUGUACAGUCCCGGGUCUGUAGUGACACAGACUUCACUCAAAUUUGAAAACAAUUAGGAAUACAACCCAAAGAACCCAUUGUGUAAUGCCAGCAUGAGUCAUUCAGGAGAGAAAUAGUUCUUUAUUGUUACAUAUUGUCAAAAAUCGUAAUGCCUGUGAAUAGAAAACACUAUAUAGCGUGGUAUCUGGUAUGUUACUAUAGAUUGAUGGGUAUUUUACUACUUCAAAGCCAAAUUUGUCCGUUUUGUUGAAAAUACCGACGUUAAAUGUAUUGUUAAUUAUAUUGAUGUUCAGGUCAAGAACAGAUGCAUUUACAGUACCGGAAUUUUAUUUAUUUAAUAUUAGUUCAGGAGGAUAUAUUUGACUUUUAUAUUUGUUGAAAUUUCCGUUAUCAUUGAUAGUUGUUAUGUCAUCAAUGUAUCGGAAGGUAUAGUUUAGACUUUUAGCUACUUUGUAAUCUGUUUUUCUUUUAUGGUCUUGAAAGUCGAAUUUGUAUUUAUAUAAAUGUGCAUUUGCCAUAAAUGGGGCGGGGUCAGUUCCCAUUGGCAAACCAAUGGUUUGUUGCAUUAUCUGAUCCCCAAACUCAAAUAUGGCAAGAGGUCAUAAUUUUGAUUCGAUUUUGAUGAAACUUGAAAUACAUGUUUAUAACCCAAAGAUCUUGGUUCCUUUCGAUAUUCGUGCAAAUCUGAUCGUAACUUCCUGAUUUAUGGCCCUUGAUUGUACAAAAAAUCGCAUUUUUAGCUUGUGGUCCCUCUAGAAGUAACAAAUUUUAUCCGAUUUAAAAAAACAUUUGAAUAAUUACCAUUAUACCCUAAUUAUGGCUUAGUUCGAAUUUCACGAAAAUCGGACCAAAACUGCUGGACAAAAUGGCUGAUCCUCGUACGCAAAUAGUGUAAAUAUAUAGUAUAUAUUAAGCUUGUUGACACUCUAGAGGUCACCAUUUUCAUCUAAUUUUGAUGAAACUUGAAUUACAUGUUUAUAACCCAAGGAUCUUGGUUCCUUUAGAUAUUCGCGCAUAUCGAAUCGUAACUUCCUGAAUUAUGGCCCUUGAUUGUACGAAAAAUCGCGUUUUGAGCUUGUGGUCACUAUGCAGGUCACAAUUUUUAUUCGCGAUUUUAGCUUCUGGUCUCUCUAGAGGUCAAAAUUUUUAUCCGAUUUAAAAAACGUUUUAAUAUAUCACCGUUACAUCCUAAUGAUGGUUGAGUUCGAAUUUCGUGAAAAUCGGACUAAAACUGACGGACAUAAUGGCCGUCCCUUGUACGCAGAUAGUGUAAAAAUAUGAUAUAUCAAGGUUGUGAACCUUCUAGAGGCCACAGUUUUUAUCCGAUUUGGAUGAAACUUUAAAUAUAUGUUUUUAUCAUAAAGAUCUUGGUUCCUUUUGAUCAUCACACAUAUCCGAACGUAAUUUCCUGGAUUAUGGCACCUGAUUGGUCGAAAAAUCACAUUUUUAGCUUGUGGAUUCUCUAGAGGUCACAAUUUUUUUUCCGAUUUUAUAAACCGUUUAAAUAUAUCACCAUAAUGAAGGUUGAAUUCGAAUUUCGAGAAAAUUGAAAUGAAAAUCUAAUACAAAGGUUAUGGUCCCUCUAGAGGUCACAUUUUGUAUCCGAUUUUGAUGAAACUUAAAACAUAUCUUUAUAUUCCAAAAAUCUUAGUCCCUGUCGAUAUUUGCGCUUUUCAGUCCAUAACUUUCUGGAUUAUGGCACCUGAUUGUACAAAAAAUUGUUUUUGUUUUUAGCUUGUUCUCUAUCCAUCUCUUGCAAAAUGUGGACAUAUUAGCCUGGCAGCCGCUGGUUAAACUUGUGAAACAGGACAUAGCAUACUAAACUUAGGCUGCCUGUCUACAGUUAGCUCCGCUUGAGAACAGGCACUAAGCUAGUUGACCAACAUUUUAAGUCCUAAAUCGACGAUUUAAGUUGAAAGGUAUUUAUUUCCAAUCCAUUCAAUAAAGUUAAAAAGGUU